AUGAGGUCAUCGCCGUGCGGGAGGGGUGUGUCCCUGAGCGUGCGCGCGACGUCACGCAGGGGAGCACCGCGCCCCUCGGUCACACAGACCGGGGGUGUGUGUGCCUGCGGCCCCGUGAGGGUGCGGGGUGCCCAUCACAGCGCCCAGAAGAGGCUGUGUCCAGCAUCGCAUGCAGGAGACGUGGGCAGCCUCGCGUCUCAGGCCCAGCCUCAUGCCGCAUCCCAGAGGGAGCCUGUGUGGACGCGGCCCUCGCCGUCCGGGGCGGGCGCGGCCCGCAGGGUGUCUGUCCCAGCUCCCCCGCUCUCCGGCCGUGAGCCCCCCGACUUGCCGCUGUGCCCGGAACUCCCCAUCGAGUGCCCCUCAGAAGCCCACCCCGAGAGGGACUGCCGCGCGCCGUGA